CCGACGGGCACGCGCCUCCCUAUCCAAAACGUAUGCGCUUUGAUUCCUUCUGCAACAACAUCAUCGAGAAGUUGGAGACACGAGAGACAUUUACCUCAACAUCCCAAUUAGCGUGGGCUGACUUGCUGAUGUCCUGUAAUGUGUCUUAUCGUUUUUUUUAUCGAAACAGUUACGGUUGGCUAAGCUGUAACACACACCCCUUUCUGUGAGGAGCGAGCUCAAGGAGUUUGGUCAUCAGCAUCCGCUCCGCAUUUUACCGUGUGUUAGCUACUUAUCCGUAUUCACGUUCAAUGAUUUUAUUGUACAGUAGAUAUUUUUAAACGUAAAGUUUUAAUACACGAGGUCUAUUUGGUUCCGAGGUACUAUUUUUAGAGGGACAAGGUGUAUGAAGAGGAUCACACACACAUGUAGCCGCUGUGAAGCUAGCCGAGGAAGUGGACAGUUACUUUUCCACCCCUGUACGGUGGCAGGAGUCGCCUAUAUGAUUGUUUUCUAGGCAUACAGUUAUGGAGGUGCUAAAUGUCACAUAAGUGCUGACCCUUUUGAGAGAUUAAAACUUUCGUCAUCGCCAACGUGAUUAAUCGACGUCUGUAACUGUUACGUUAAAUGUGUUAGCAGGGGAUUGAUAAUCCACAGCUAACUCAUUAGCCCCAAAGGGUUUAGCUCUUUAUUAGUUUAUUACUGUAUGGUGUGUCUGUCAAAAUUUACGACCAUAACUAUCUAGAUUGCGUUUAGAGGAUGUCAUUUUUCAAUUUUCGGAAGAUAUUUAAGUUGGGUACGGAGAAGAAGAAGAAACAGUAUGAGCACGUUCACAGAGACAUCAAUCCCGAGGAAGAGUGGGAGAUCGUGGGUGAACUCGGCGAUGGAGCCUUUGGGAAAGUGUAUAAGGCUCAGAACAAGCAGACUGGAGUCCUGGCAGCAGCGAAAGUGAUCGAUACCAAAACCGAAGAAGAGCUUGAGGACUACAUGGUAGAGAUUGACAUCCUCGCUUCCUGCGAUCAUCAGUACAUAGUCAAAUUGCUGGAUGCCUUUUAUUAUGAGAGCAAACUAUGGAUUCUCAUUGAGUUUUGUGCUGGAGGGGCGGUGGAUGCUGUUAUGUUAGAGCUGGAGCGGCCACUAACAGAGCCUCAGAUCCGUGUUGUGUGUAAACAGACGCUGGAGGCGUUGACUUACCUCCAUGAAAAUAAGAUUAUUCACAGAGACCUGAAGGCUGGAAAUAUUCUUUUUUCUGCUGAAGGGGACAUAAAAUUAGCUGACUUUGGAGUGUCUGCAAAGAAUACAAAGACUCUACAGAGAAGAGACUCUUUCAUUGGAACGCCAUACUGGAUGGCACCCGAAGUUGUGAUGUGCGAGACGUCGAAGGACAGACCGUACGACUACAAAGCAGACAUCUGGUCUCUUGGUGUCACUCUGAUCGAGCUGGCACAGAUCGAGCCACCCAACCACGAGAUGAACCCAAUGAGAGUCCUGCUAAAAAUAGCAAAGUCUGAUCCCCCCACACUCGCCUCUCCAUCACGCUGGUCUCCAGAGUUCAGUGAUUUCCUAAGAAAGGCACUGGAUAAGAACAUAGACAACAGAUGGAGCGCAGUGCAGCUUCUACAGCAUCCAUUUGUUACAAGUGUGAUGGAUAACAAACCAAUACGUGACCUGGUUGCUGAGGCCAAAGCAGAAGUGGUUGAAGAGAUUGAGGACGGAAAAGAGGAGGAGGAGGAGGAAGAGUCUGAAGCACAGCUGGCCAAGCCUGGACACAAACGUGCAUUAUCGGACACCAGCAUUGGCAGCUUAGAGGAUGAGAGACAGAGUCAGAGCACACCAACUCUUGAGUCGGUCACAGAGACCGUUGAACCUGAGAGAAAACCCAGUUCAGAAGACCAGGCUAGUGACAAGACCUCAGAAAUUAAAGAGCCCGAGCAUGUUGAAGAUGAGGUGAUGAAUGGGGUUACUGCGCCAUCGGAUGCCAGCACAGAGGACUCCAUACCUACACCAGUUCCCAGUAAAAUAGAGAUUUCUGAUCAGCCAAAUCCUCCAGCAUCAAAUGACAGUGAAACUGUCUUCCACGAGAUUGUAACUGUCAGCGAGGAGACUGGAGAGGAAGAGAAGAAAGAACUGAAGGCGGAAGAGCAAGCAGAAAAAAAUAAAGAAGAAAAUGAAGAAACGCAGAAAGUGGAGGAAACCGAAACACCAAUCACCACAGACGACGAGGAGAAACAUGCCCAACUUCCUGAAAAAGCCUCAACUGAACCAACUGAGGAACAAAUGCAUACAAACAACUUGGUGGAUGAAGAGAAAACCGUUACCUUGCCAGAUGUUCCUACAAGAGAAGUGGAGGAAAAGAUUCCUCAGGAAGCAACAAAUGCCCAGGAUGACUCUAAAGAGGAGCCAGUACCCAGUGAUGCCCCAGAAACCAAAGCCAAGCUCAAACCGGAAGCUAUACCUGCUGAGGAAAAGAAAAAGGUGGAUGUUGCAGAGGAGACAUCUGCAAAUGAAAUGCCUACUGUUACCAUCAAUGGAGAAAAAGAAGAGGUCACCAGUGCAGCAGAGGACACUGAAGAACCCAAUGAGGACAGCCCAGCGAGUGAAGUGAAAGCGGCUCCUGUGGCCAGACCCGAUGCGGAAAAAGAAAAGGAUUCUGACUCCGGCAGCAGUUCUGCUGCAGAUACCAACAGCAUCGACAUCAAUCUGUCAAUCUCCAGCUUCCUCUCCAAAAGCAAGGAGGGAUCUGUUUCCAUACAGGACAUGAAGCGGCAGAAGAAGACACUGAAGAAAACCCGCAAGUUUUUGGUUGACGGGGUGGAAGUCAGCGUCACCACAUCCAAGAUCGUCUCAGACAAUGACACCAUGAGCGAGGAACUGAGAUUUUUGAGGCGUCAGGAGCUUCGAGAACUCAGACUGCUGCAGAAAGAAGAGCAGAGAGCUCAGCAGCAGCUCAGCAACAAACUCCAGCAGCAGAAAGAGCAGCUCUUCAGACGCUUCGAGCAGGAGAUGACGGGGAAAAAGCGUCAGUAUGACCAGGAGGUGGAGAACCUUGAGAAAACACAGAAACAGGCCAUAGAGCGUCUUGAGCAGGACCACACCAACCGCCUGAGAGAUGAAGCCAAAAGGAUCAAAGCAGAGCAGGAUAAGGAGCUCUCCAAGUUCCAGAACAUGCUGAAGAACCGCAAAAAAGAGGUCAAACAAGAGGUCGGAUAUUCCCCCAAACACAUAAGAAAAGACCUCAUGAAAUGCUUAAAGGAAGACCUAGCAAUUGUUCAACGUGAAGAGGGUGUGGCCCAGGUUAUGAUACAGUCUUUUCAGUUGUCCUCAUGUGCUCUGUUCAACGCUCAGAUGCAGGAUGAGCAAGAGUUUCUCCAGAAGCAGCAGCAGGAGUUGGAUGGAGCUCUGAAGAAGAUCAUCCAGCAGCACAAACUGGAGAUCGCCACUAUAGAGAGAGACUGUCUCAACCACAAGCAGCAGCUCAUGAGAGCUCGAGAGGCUGCCAUGUGGGAGCUGGAGGAGCGCCACCUGCAGGAGAAACACCAGCUUCUGAAGCAGCAGCUGAAGGAUCAGUACUUCAUGCAGAGACAUCAGCUUCUCAAGAGACAUGACAAGGAGAUGGAGCAGAUGCAAGGUUAUAACCAGCGGCUGAUAGAGGAGAUGAAGAACAGACAGGCGCAGGAGAGAGCUCGGCUUCCGAAGAUCCAGCGUGGAGAAGCAAAGACUCGCAUGGCGAUGUUUAAAAAGAGCCUGCGGAUCACUGGCACAGGAACGCCAGAGCAGGACAGAGAGAAGAUCAAACAGUUUGCCGCUCAAGAGGAUAAGAGACAGAAGAACGAGAGGCUUCAUCAGCAUCAAAAACAUGAGAACCAGAUGAGAGACCUGCAACUACAGUGUGAUUCCAACAUCAGAGAGCUUCAACAGAUGCAGAAUGAGAAGUGUCAUAUGCUGAUUGAACACGAGACUCAAAAACUGAAGGAGUUGGACGAGGAGCACAGUCAGGAGCUGAAGGACUGGAGGGAGAAGCUUCGGCCCAGGAAGAAGGCUCUGGAAGAUGAGUUCACACGAAAACUGCAGGAACAGGAAGUAUUUUUUAAGAUGAGUGGAGAAUCUGAAUGUCUCAACCCCCAGGCACAGAGCAGAGUCUCCAAAUUCUACCCCAUUCCCAGUGUUCACUCCUCUGGCUCAUAACCUUCAUGCUUACGCUGAUGCACUGAAGGGCUUUUUGAAGGUAUCUGAUAUCAGAAUAAACAAAUGCAUGGGGUUAAAAUGCAAUGUAUGAAAUACACAAGAAGGAUUUAUUUUAACAGUGAAGGACAAAACUUAUGCAUUACCAUGAAUUGCUUUUUGCCACAUUGAAUCCAAUGGAUUAACGUUUUAGUUUUCUGUCCGUGGUCAUCUGGUGAUGUUAAUUUGUGAUUUAAGAAACAGCGUUGAAUACACUCGGGCAAUAUCAUUUUGUCAUUUUGGAAUAAAUGAAUAGGAUGACCUUAAUGAGGGUUACAUGGUGCAAAGCCCGUAAAAGCAUGAUUUCACGAAUGUUUGUGAAUUAUUGCGAGGUCCCAUUUAAAGAAAAAAACUUGUUGACACUGUGGUCACUGUUACAGUCUGUUCUCUAAAUGUUGCACAAAGGUUGCACAGCUAACUUAAUUAGCAUAUCAAUGCUGUUGUUAUCAGCUGUUAUUUGUUGUUGUUGUUUUUUAUGUGAUUUUGCCAUAUUGAUUUGUUGUAAUGCCCAUGCAGAGUUAUUUUAAAACAAAAGUCUUUUUAACUUUCUUAUUAAAACCAUAUUUGUUAUUAUUGGUGCAUUAAAAUGCAGCGCCCAUAAACUGAAGGAAUGUAAGCUGUAAAAUGCACAAUUUAAAACCAAUUCAACAUAUGCAGUAGUGAUCUCUUUAGUGCGUUACGAAGAAAAUGUGCCCUAAUAUUUUAUAUGACGUCUUUGGCAAGUCACUUUGCAGUCCACAGCACCCAAGUUCAUUCAUUUUGUAUGAACAAAAUAAUUUCACAUGUUUGAAGGAGAAUAAGUAGGGCAGUCUUUGCCUCUGAAUGUUUUUAUCUAAGGUAUUAAGGUGUUAAAAAGUGAUUUAAUGGAUUUAACUGAAGAUUGAACAUCUUUUUAUUGUUUCAUCAAAUUGUCAGAGUAAACAAAUAUAUCAUUGCAUGUUACAUUAGUUAUGUUUAUUAAUUUUAGGGGUUUUAUGGAAGACAAUGUAUUGUAAACAAUGUAAUGAAUAGAUCUGACCGAGCUGCAACAGUCUGCAUAAGCAUUUCAUUGGAAAGACGUGGUCAUUUCUUACUGUUACUGAGGACUUUCCACCUGACUCGAGCUCUAUUUUUGAUAACACGUUUCGUCCAAAUAGUUUUUUUUAUCUGAUCCAUAAUAUGACACAUGCUGUGCUCAUACUUGCAUGCUGAGAGAAAUCCCAAAUGCUGUAUUUGACCAGAGAUGUGAGCUCUUUGAAUGGACAAGGCGUUUUACAUGGGCUCAGUUUUAAAGGUAUGUGCAUUAUAAAUCAGGAUACCUUUCCAGAGAGAUCUCAGUUGUUACACUGCUGAACAUUAUUUACCUUUUACAGCACUUUGAUGGAAUAUCUGAUGCAUAUUUUAAGGUCAAUUUGAUUAUGUAUCUGAAAACCUGUGUCCAUUGAUAUACUGUAAGAAUGCUGUAAAUAAAACUUUCAUUGUA